CCUUCCGGGCAGAGCGCGGCCCGGCCACUCCCUCCUCAAGCCCGACGUGGCUCCUGCAUCCAGGACCCCCAGGGGCGUGAGUGGCGCCCGAGAGACGCCCUUGUCCCGGGGUCCGUGCGCGGUGGCGGUGCCGAGUUGUUUCGACAGCUCGGACCGCUGGUCCUCCGUGGUAGGAAGAUCAGCUCCCUCCGUCGUCGGGCCCUCCCGCGGCCGCGGCGCCUAGUGCCGGCUUCCUGCUUCUCUGCUCGCGGGCGUUGCUGCGCCGCGCUCCCGGCACGGGCCAGCCGGUGCCUCUCGCUCCCUACCAGACGUCUUCAGUUUCCAGAAGAGCAAAACCGUCUGUGGACCUAGGUGGGAAAAGAGCUGGCUGUGACCUUGGCGCGUCCUGGAGGGCCCAGCCUUGGGCUGAAUGGCAGCACCCACGCUGGGCCGUCUGGCACUGACCCACCUGCUGGUGGCUCUCUUCGGCAUGGGCUCGUGGGCUGCCGUCAAUGGGAUCUGGGUGGAGCUGCCUGUGGUGGUAAAAGACCUUCCAGAGGGUUGGAGCCUCCCCUCAUACCUCUCUGUGUGUGUGGCGCUGGGGAACCUGGGUCUGCUGGUGGUGACCCUGUGGAGGCGGCUGGCGCCGGGCAAGGGCGAGCAGGUCCCCAUCCAGGUGGUACAGGCACUGAGCGUGGUGGGCACAGCCCUGCUGGCCCUUCUGUGGCAUCAUGUGGCACCAGUGGCAGGGCAGCUCCACUCUGUGGCCUUCCUAACACUGGCCUUGGUGCUGGCACUGGCCUGCUGCACCUCUAAUGUCACUUUCCUGCCCUUCCUGAGCCACCUGCCACCUCCUUUCUUAAGGUCUUUCUUCUUGGGUCAGGGGCUCAGCACCCUGCUGCUCUGUGUGCUGGCCCUAGUGCAGGGUGUGGGCCGCAUCAAGUGCCCGCCAGCCCCCACCAACACCACCUCUGAUCCUCCGCUUCACAUCCCUGAGCGUUUUCCUGCCAGCACCUUCUUCUGGUCACUGACCGCCCUUCUGGUCACUUCAGCUGCUGCCUUCCAUGGUCUCCUGUUGCUGUUGCCAUCACUACCAUCUGUACCUACAGGGGACCCAGGGCCUGAACUGCAAAUGGAAACCCCAGGAACAGAGGAGGAGGAGGAAGAGGCCUUGCCAUUGCGGGAGCCACCGAGCCAGGCAGCAGGCACCAACCGUGGCCCAGACCCUGAGACCCGCUGGUGGCUCUCGGCCCAGGGUGCCUGCCUGCUGGGCCUGCUGGCCAUCACCAGUGCACUGACCCAUGGUGUGCUGCCUGCAGUGCAGAGCUUUUCCUGCUUACCCUAUGGGCGCCUGGCCUACCACCUGGCUGUGGUGCUGGGCAGUGCCGCCAACUCCCUUGCCUGCUUCUUGGCCAUGGGCGUGCUGUGCAGAUCCCUGGCAGGGCUGGGUGGUCUUGCUCUGCUGGCCGGACUCUUUGGGGCAUACCUGGUGGUGCUGGCAAUCCUGAGCCCCUGUCCACCCCUGGUGGGCACCUCUGCAGGGGUGGUCCUUGUGGUGCUGUCGUGGAUGCUGUGUCUGGGCAUGUUCUCAUACGUGAAGGUGGCCACCAGCUCCCUGCUGCAUGGCAGGGGCCGGCCUGCAUUGCUGGCAGCUGGCGUGGCCAUCCAGGUGGGCUCCAUGCUCGGCGCUGGCGCCAUGUUCCUUCCCACCAGCAUCUACCAUGUGUUCCGCAGUGGAAAGGAUUGUGUGGACCCCUGUAAACCCUGAGCCUGGGUAGAUGGGGCCCUCACUCCACCCCAUCUGUCUUCACCUUGAGGCUGCCACAGUGCCCUAGUGCCUGCAGCCCAAGCAGGCCUCCCCACACAUGGGUAUGCUCAUGGACACUUCAGGCCAGGGUGAAAACCAAAGAGCAGGCUUGGAGCCAGGGAUAGGUUGGGGCCAUGGGCUUGGGCCCUGGGCCUGAGAUUGUAUGGGAUUUGUACA